GGACAGUUUUUGGAGAUGACCUCUCAGAAGUGCACUCAAUGUCCAGCAGGCUCCUUCUCACUGGGCAGCGGCAUCCGUUUUGAUGAAUGGAAUGACUUUCCUCCUGGAUUCAGCAGCUUAGUGACCUCUUUUAAUAACUCACCUCAUGGACAUGAAGGACCAAGCUGUAAUGGUUCCUCAUGGAUUGCUCAGGGUAGUUACAUAGAAUCUAACAGAGAUGAGUGCAGUGUUUCUCUCAUCUAUGCUGUUCAUCUAAAGAAAUCGGGUUCUGUCUCUUUUGACUAUCAAUAUGUGGACAACAACAUUAUCUUCGAGUUCUUUAUACAGAAUGACCAGUGCCAGGAAAUGGAGAAGACUUCAGAUAAGAAGUGGAUCAAGCUGACAAAAAAUGGAGAUUGGUCCAAACACACGGUCAAUCUGAAGUCUGGCACAAAUGUGCUGUACUGGAGGACCACUGGUGUUACAGUGGGGGUUAAAGUAGUGAAACCAGUGCUGCUGAAGAACAUUCAGAUAGAAGGUGUUGCGUACAUGUCGGAGUGUUUGCCGUGUAAGCCGGGCACGUUUAGUAACGCUCCUGGUUCUGCCUCAUGUGAGUCCUGCCCCAGAAACACUUACUCUGGUCGAGGAGCCAGCUCGUGCACUCGCUGUAACACCACCACACACUAUUCAUUGGAGGGCUCUUCAUCAUGUCAACCCAGGCCUGCAUGCUCAAAAAAAGACUAUUUCCAGGUUCACAGUGUUUGUGAUAAGGAGGGCAAGACUCAGGUCAGGUAUAAAUGGAUCGAGCCUAAGAUCUGUCUGGACGAUGCUUCAGGUGCUGUAACACUUCCCCAUUUUGGAGAACGUGAACCUUGUCCACCCUGCAAUCCUGGCUUUUAUAAUAACAACACAGCUAAAUGUUCUCCCUGCCCACUAGGGACCUACUCUGAUGGUCUUAAAGAGUGCCAGCCUUGCCCAGCAGGCACAGAGCCUGCUCUGGGCUACGAGUAUAAGUGGUGGAAUGUUUUGCCUGCUGGCAUGAAGUCAUCCUGCUUUAACUUGGCCAACACCAAGUGUGAUGGCAUGAACGGUUGGGAAGUGGCAGGAGAUCACAUUCGAUCUGGAGCAGGGAGUUCAGAUAAUGAUUAUCUCAUCUUAAACCUCAAAGUUCCUGGAUUCAGGUUACCUACAUCUGUCAGUGGAACCAGUGGAACAGAGUAUGGACGCAUCACCUUCGUGUUCGAAUCCGUUUGUUCAAGCAACUGUGUGCUGUACUUCAUGAUGGACACAGACAGACGGAGCACCAGUGUAGUGGAAUCGUGGGAGGGCAAUAAAGAAAAGCAGUCCUACACCCAUAUAAUGACCAAAAAUGCAUCUGUAUCUUUUACAUGGGCUUUUCAGCGCACUAACAAGGCUAAAGACACUCGUCAGUAUGUCACCGACAUGGCCAAGAUCUUCUCCAUCACAGUAACGAACGCAGUGGACGGUGUGGCCUGGGCAUGCAGAGCUUGUGCUAUUGAGUCUCAGACGCCUGGCUCAGCCUGUGUGCCGUGCCCAUCCGGUCACUAUAUAGACGAGAAGACCAACCAGUGUCAGGAGUGCCCACCCAACACAUUCCUCUCAGGACACCACAUCUAUGGUAGAGAUGCGUGCCAGCCCUGCGGUCCAGGAAGCCACAGUAACAAGGAGCAUAGCUUGUGUUACAGUGACUGUUUGUUCACUCAUACGGAGCUGAACCGAACUCUGCAGUAUGAUUUCAGUCCUCUGGGCUCGACAGGAUUAAUUAUGAAUGGUCCAAGCUUCACUUCUAAGGGCACCAAGUACUACCAUCUCUUUAACAUCAGCCUGUGUGGGACAGAGGUUUACACACCAGCAGUCUGCACAGAUAACGUAACAGAGCUCUCUGAUAAGGAGCAUCACAGCACUGAGACCAACUCUGUACAAACAUUCAUCUGUCAAUCAACCAUCAUCCCGUCUGAUGGGCGGGGCUUCAGAACCGCACUCGCCUCACAGUCCAUCAGUCUGGCAGAUACAUUUCUUGGAGCCACGGUGGAGAAAUCACUCAGCGGAGUAAAUGCCAGACCAGAUCUGUUUCAUGCUUCAUCCAAGAAAGUACCAGAUAUCUACUACUAUUAUAGAUCUCCACAGACAUCGACUUCUUGUCAGAACGGCAGAAACACAGUGCUCACGUUACGCUGUAACCCUGAAAAGACCUCUAAGGGAGAGAUUUCAGUACCAGGGAAGUGUCCAGCAGGCACUUGUGAUGGCUGCACCUUUUACUUUCUUUGGGAAAGUCUGAGCGCUUGUCCUCUCUGCACUGAGGAAGACUACCACCAGAUUAAAGGAGCCUGCAUGGGCGGAGUACAGGACACCGUGUAUGUAUGGACGGAGCCGAAGCUCUGCACAGGAGGAGUAACUCUGCCCGUGAAGAGAAGCAGAUCAUGUGAGAUGAUAGACUUCUGGCUGAAGAUGGGAGCUGUAGUGGGUGCAUUCAGUGCUGCCCUCCUCGUUGCUAUCACAUGUCACUUCUGGAAGAAGAACAAAAAGCUGGAGUAUAAUUAUUCCAAGCUGGUAAUGUCUGCCAAUAAAGAAUGUGAGAUGCCAGGAGCAGACAGCUGUGCCAUCAUGGAGGGGGAGGGCGAGGAUGCUGAGGAUGACGUGGUUUUCUCCAAACCAUCUUUACUGCACAAGCUGAAAGUGAUCGCCAGCAAGGUUUCUGAUCUUUCUCUUGGCAACGAGCAGAGCGCCGAAGCCGUCCAACUGAAAUCCUCGCAGCCGGAGAAGUGGGUGUGGGGAUAAAACAGUGAAGGUGGGAUGGAGAGAUAAGACUCUGAAGCCGUUCUGCAUCUAAAUGUAUGUAUGCAGUGGACCUACAGCAAAGUGGGGGAGAGCUUUGGAAAAGGAGCUGUGGGCCAGAAUUACCAAAUGAUGACCUUGUGGGGUGGAUUUCUUACUGUGGAAUGUGUUUUUUUGCUUGUUUGUCAGUUGUUUUGGUUUAUAAGUAAGAAGAAUAUUACUUGGGACUGGGUAAACUGGGUGGUAUAGUACUUAAAGAUGGCCACAAACAUAUGCACCAUGUUCAGGGACAAAAAAAAUCUUGCACAUCUUUGAUAGCAUAAAGUAUUAAAAAUAAUGAUUAAGGCGCCAAGGUGGUGCAGCGGAAUAUUACGCUAGCACACCAGCGCUGAGAUUCUGAACACACCAGUUCGAAUCUCAGCUCUGCUACCAGUCGGCUGGGCAGUGCCUGCAGAAGGCAAAAUUGGCCAUCAAGUCUGCUGGGUGGGAAAAGACCGGACUAACUGGGUUGGGUCUUUAAAUGCUGUGCAAGGACCCUGGUUAGCAGACUGAGGCACCUGUGCUGAAGUGAAAGAGCCUUAUGUGCAAAUUCAAUGAGGCACGGGUGAAAAAGAAGGGGUCGAGGGACUGCUUAUGCAUUGGAGGGGUGCAGAGCAGGAGAAUAUACCCUCCUCAAAGGCAGUCGGGAUCCCCAGCAGCGGAGGACUAAUUGGCUACGCUAAAUCGGGAGAAAAAGGGAGAAAAUGCAGAAAUAAAUGAAUAAUAAUGAAUUUGGAAAUUUCUGCAUAAAAGAUAAGCCAGACAGUUACACACCUGUUUGCAUGGCUCAGUUAUAAUGCAGAGGUUAUGGUACUGACCGGAUUAUUGCUCUGAUUAUUUUUUAAGCCCCACCAUCACUACACUAUUACUUCUAGGUCUUUAAGCAAGACUGGUAAUCCUUAUUUGCUUGGAUUGUAUCCUGUCUCAGUUGUAAGUUGCUCUGAAUAAAA